UUCCAGACCGUAAUGGCUCUUCCCGAGGUGAUGCUGGGCCUUUUGCCGGGCGGUGGCGGCACUCAGCGCCUUCCAAAGUUGAUCCACGUACCUGAUGCUCUGCAGAUGAUGCUCAUGGCGAAGAACAUUCGCCCCUCAAAGGCGAAGAAAAUGGGCCUGAUCGAUGCGGUGAUCGAGCCGCUAGGUCCUGGCAUAGCCCCAGCAGAGGAGAGAACGCUAGAGUACCUUGAGGAGGUGGCCAUCAAGACGGCACAAGAUUUAGCUUCCAAGAAGUUGAAGGUCGUGCGAAAGAGGCCUAUUCAAGAGAAGCUGUUCCGCGAAGCCAUGAAGAUUGGCUUUCUCCGUGAGAAGGUUCUCGAGAAGGCACGCACUGAGGUGAACAAGUUCGCCAAAGGCCACUACCCGGCUCCGCUGAAGAUUAUUGACGUCAUCGGCAGUGGUCUGCACAAGUCAAGAGCGGAGGGGUUCAACGAUGAGGCUCGAGGCUUUGCCGAGCUGACGCAGACUUCUGAGUCGAAAGCGCUGAUUGGCCUCUUCCACGGACACACCCACUGCAAGAAGAACCACUUUGGAGAGCCGAAGAAGAAGGCGGAAACGGUUGCCGUGCUGGGCGCCGGUCUGAUGGGCGCCGGCAUCGCUCAGGUGACCAUCGGCAGUAUGACCACCAUUCUGAAGGACACCAACCAGAAGGGACUGACUAGAGGUCAGGAGCAGAUUAUUGGGGCGCUCGAUAAGAAGCUGGCCAGGGGGCGAAUUCCUCGACUCGUUCAUGACCGGACUGCCUCCAACCUCUACCCGACGCUGGACUACGGAAAGUUCAAAGAGGCUGACAUCGUCAUCGAGGCCGUUUUUGAGGACAUCAAGGUGAAGCACAAGGUGCUCGCCGAGGUAGAGGCGGUCACCCGGGACGACUGCGUCUUUGCCUCUAACACCUCUGCACUGCCCAUUUCGGAGAUUGCCAAGGGCGCAAAGCGACCCGAAAACGUCAUUGGCAUGCACUACUUCAGUCCGGUGGAUAAGAUGCCGCUGCUGGAGAUCAUCACCACCGAUCAGACGAGCAAGGAGGCGACCAGGCUGGCCGUCGAUGUGGGUCUAAAGCAGAAGAAAAUCGUGAUCGUCGUCAAGGACUGCCCUGGCUUCUACACCACUCGCUGCCUGAGCCCGGGAAUGUCGGAGAUUAUUCUCAUGCUGCAGGAAGGACUGACGCCCAAGGACCUCGAUGACAUGAGCACCAAAUUUGGCUUUCCCAUCGGCAUUGCCACGCUCAUGGACGAAGUUGGAGUGGACGUCGCAACUCACGUCGCCACUUACAUGCGAUCAGUCCACCCGGAGCGCUUUGCCGGUGGCAGUCUGCAGUUGAUGCACGACAUGGUGGCCGCCGGUUUCCACGGCCGAAAGAGCGGCAAGGGCUGGUUCAUCUACGAUAAAAACGACAAGAAGAACAAAAAGGGCAAACGACCGAUGAACCCCGGCGCGCUGGAAAUCCUCAAGAAGCACUCAGUGACGCCCAAGUUAAAACACACACCUGAGGACUUGCAGUUCCGCCUGGCAGCCCGAUUCAUCAACGAGGCAGUUCUUUGUCUGGAGGAGGGCAUCCUUUCCAAUCCGCUUGAGGGCGACAUUGGCGCCAUUUUCGGCCUGGGCUUUCCGCCCUUCCUCGGCGGCCCCUUCCGCUUCAUGGACACGGUGGGCGCGCAGACUGCCGUCGAUGUGAUGCACCGCUUCACCGACAUCUAUGGGCCGCAUUUUAAACCCUGUCAGCUGCUGUUGGACCACGCCAAGGACCCCUCGAAGAAGUUCCACGUUCAGCAGUCGUAG